AUGUGCAUCGUGCAAAGCACAUUCGAAGUGCGAGAUCACAACGUUUACCGCAAUGCUACCCCUGGUUCCUACAAAAGCAAAUACGACUGCUGCUUGGAUGCGCACGUUGGGGACAGCGUCGAUGCCGGAGGAUCGUUUCUCAAGACAUUGCAGGGGAUCGACAGCCACUUCAUGGCCGGCUCGUGGAUCCUCUCGCUCGGCCUCCUCUUGGCGUGGUACAACCUCACUCGAUGGCAGCGCAGCCGGCUGGACCAUGAUUCCACUCCGUUCCGUUUCUCCAUCCGGUUCUUCCCCAGCGUCUGGGCCCUGGACUUCUGGGCCGUCUUCAUCUUCUUCAUCGGAGCGAUCAUCGAGGUUAACUCUGUGUACACAGGCAUUCCGGAGGCGAACCUCCAGCACUCAGGAAUAUACUCUGCCUACAUGUUCUUCGCGCUGGUCGGGAUCUGCACGGUGAGGGGCGUGGCCCUUCCUCCCGCCUCCAAAGAGGCAGCCUUCCUCGUCGCAAUAGCACUCGAAUGGAUCUCCAUCAAAAAUCAUCACUUACCUAGCCCUCUUCAUAAUNGGGAGAGAAGGGGGACAAGAGAACGAGUCAAGGGACGAGGAACAGGCUGGAGAGAGAAACCAAAAGACGAAGAGAGGGUAGGAAGAGCCCGAGCGAGUCGCUCGCAAACCAGGUACUGGGAAGCCUUGAGAAAGGCAGUUCUAGCUGCCGGGAGUUCUACCCCCGGCAGCUGGGGCAUGGAAAGGCAGUGA